GCGGCUCUUGUGUCUCGCUUACGAGAGGGAAGAAGUCAAACGCCAACCCAAACUUCAGCUCUUCUCUCCACUUCCAUCCAUAGUAGCACUCAACAACAACAACAACCUCGUGUUGGGCUUCAGUAACCGACGAUAUAUUUCUCAGUCCGUCCUUAUUAUCAGCUAACGGCUUUUUGAACGGAAUCUGCUCUCGUUUCAUUGGACUGCUCACUCUAAAACCCCUCCCCUCUGCGCAUCUCCAAACCAACAAAUGACUCCCUGCAAGCUCUCCGUCCCCCGUAUUUUUUGUGACCUUAGACAAGUGGAAGAAUAAACCUGCGAGUCACGAUGCCCAGCCUGUGACCUAACAAAAGAAAGCAGCAAUAACUUUACCGCGAACCAUGGAGCCCACUGUGGUCGAUGACAACAUGGAGGUGGCCUCAGACGCAGGCCAUAGGCAUCCCGGGAAUAUCGAUGAUAUCGAAAUCGACCUUGACCUUGCCCAGGAGUGCGUUCCUGAGCAAGAUGAUGAUGUACUUGUGGAUGACGCUUCCGCCACAGCUUCAGACCACCCCACUGCUGAUGCAAAUAUCACGUACGACGCAGAUAUGGCAGAUGGCGAAUAUAUAGACGAAGAUAUAUUGGCUUCAGGAUAUGAUCAAUACCAGCAAAGUUACUAUCAACUCGAUGAAGAUUCUGCUUAUAAUAAUCCGAUGGAUUACGAGGCAGAGAUGGAAGACGACUACGAAGAAGACAUUGAUGCCCCCAUCCCUGACAGCGAUAUCGAAGAGACAGACAUACCCACUACGAAAGAAGUGAAAGAAGAAAGAGAAGCGGAAGGAGGAGAAGAAGAAAAAGAAGAAGAAAAGGAAAUAGAAGAAGUGAAGCUUGCCGAGGACGCCAAAAGCCCUGCUCCGGAAACCCUUUCCCAAUCAGAUCACGUCGAAACUGAAAUUUCCAACGCACCAGCAGUGGCUGAGGAGCACCUUGCCACCCGUGAAGAUACUGCUAUUGCUCAGCCAAAAUACCCCAAGGAGUUUACCGUAGAGGAAGGUAACGAUUCUUCGCAGGGUAUGGAGAACGCGGACGCCGCACACCUAAGUGGAGACUUCGAAAAAUAUGGUGAAGAUGUUGAGCCUGACUUAGAAGAUCUACAUGGGCACAGUCAAACAGAACCCGAACCUCAAAACACUACAGCUCAAGAACCUGAGCAUCAAGAUACAGAAUCUGGAGGACAGAAACUCCCGCCGUUGGACCAAGAAAACCAAUCAGAUACUACCGAGAGUUAUCAUUUUGUUGAAGCACAAGACUACGAAACACAGGGCGAAGUACAUGAGCUCCAAAAAAGCAGCAGUCUACACCCAGUAAAAGUACUGUACCAGGAUAGCGAAAUAUCGUUGUUCCCGCCUGGAGAAAAUGACCCGACAGAAACCUUUUUUCUACAAGAUGAAGGACUAGCAAAUGCUCCAGUAGCGGAGCUUGUGGGAGCGUGCCGACAAGUGCUAGGUGAGCAUAUUAGCGAGGACGAAGAGUUAAUACUGGACAUCGAAAGUCUUGGAUUGCAUUUGCCUGAGAACUCUGUUCCCAUAAUCACGACAUCUUUGGUCCAAAUUAUUCAAGUUUAUCUUGAUCUUUGCUCCAAUGAUGGUAUCAACGAACCUGAACCUCUAUAUAUAACGCUCUCUUCAAGACCCACUUUCACAGCUGAGUUCGCUCGCCUUGCAGCAUCUGCCAAUGAGGGUAAAGGAUUAUCUUAUCUAACAUGGGAAGAUUAUGAUAUCGACAAAGCCGAACAAGGUGUGGAACAUGAAGCGGAGGAUGAAGAAGUACAUGAACAGCCAUUAUUAACGACAGAAGACACCGGCUCGCCGGCUGAGCCGUACUCUCGCCUUGUUGAACCUGCUGAUGAAGAAGGAAUCUCGUCUGAAAGCGUAACUAGGAGCCCACGGCAUGAUUCGACAAGCCGAAGCCCAGAAAUCAAAUCCCCAGAGCAACAUUUACUAGCACAGGCGGAACCGGAGUUUUGUGCACCUACUGAUGAAAACGACCAAGUCGUUCAUGACGACUUCCCAACCAAAACGCCUAGCCAUGGUAGCAUCGAAUCAUCGCAGAAUGCUGAAGAAUGCAGCGAUACAGAACAUGGCCAAGGUGAGGAUAGGGGAAGAGAAAAAGUGCGAGUACACGAAGAGGACAACUUAAAAAUCGAACACGGCGAGGUCGCAACUGAGCCCCAGGAUUCGGGUUCUCAAAGCCCUACCCUACCACAAACUAUGAAAAUACCAACUGUACACCUUUCAAGGGAUGAAUCAACUGAUCAACAGUCGGAAGAGUAUGUGCAAGGAUACGAGUUCAACAACGCGCCGCAAUUGGAAGCGGAAGCGGAAGACGAUAUUCAAGAAGAAUACCAAAAUGGUGGUGCUGACUUUACACAUGAAGAAGACCACACGGAAAGCCAUACCGUCUCUUUAGACAAUGGAUAUGGUUCUGAUAUUUAUGCUCAAUCAACAACCAAUAAGGAUGUACACAUUGAAAUCGAUUUAGGAACAAAUGAUGCGAUGCCGCGAGAGGAAGCUAUUGCCGACCAUGACAACGACAACCUGGAUGAAGGUGAAAUUUUCGAACCCGGUGAAGCUGUACGCGGGACCGAGAACGCGGAAAAUUCCGUCCCGAUGACCAACAGAGAAGAAGCCACCCCUGGGUUGGUGAUUAAAUCUCCCACAAGAGAUGCUCCAAAAACUCCGGAACUAACCCAUGAUUCCUUCGAGAUUCAUGAAGAUCUCUUUAAGAGUCCGAUGGUGGAAGCUAAUGAGGCGAUAGCUGCUAUUGGCUCACCAACUGCCCCUCUCGACGAUGCGGCUGAGGAACCCCUUUCUUACACCGGCGGAUCUGGGCCAUACGCAGUGGAAAGGCCCACUUCGGAGCUCGGUGAAAUAAACGCUACUGCCAGCCCCACAAUUGGUGGGAAUUUCGAUGAAUCUCUCACCACAACAACUUCAGACAAAGCCGUUCUUGAGACGGACGAGUUGCUCGCGCGUGCUAGCCCUAAAUCAACAAAGCGUUCGUUCAUAGAUUCUGGCAUUAAUGAUGUCGAGGGUUCCACGCCAGACAUAAAGCGACAUCGGCCGGAGUAGCAUAUUUGGGCCUUUAACACAGGGAUACUCAGUCAUGCACAACUUAGCGGCCACAUGCGUCAUAUACGCCACCGUUUCUAAUGGACAUCUGGAAGAAAGCUAACCCACCGCAGUGACCCUUAAGCCCCGUUUUUGUACUAACACAAUCAGUUCCUAUUAACUAGACACCUGUCGAGCGGCAAACGACUUUCAAGGUAAGUAUGUACUAACAUUCAGUUUCCAGUCCGGUCCCUGAUAUUAUCCCUCCCUUCCGUCCCAUCCAUCUUGAACUAUUGAAACCGGCUUUCGAACACCCCUUCUUCCCCCGAAAAAUAAAUGGUGUCUUUAUUCUCUGUCUCUACUGCAAAUGGUCUCUAUUUAUCUUCCAUGCCCAGUACCGCUCUAGGCUUUUUCACGCCUAUGUGAUGUUUCCGCUCUGGCUGAGUUUUAUGUGACUGGCAACGGAUAUUCAUAAGGCUUCAGUUCUUGAAUCCUGUUAACCGAUUUUUGCCUCCGGAUGAAUGUCGUUCAAGCUCGACAACGGUAAAUCCAUCCGCUGUCGCCGAUGGAAGAAUUUAACACCACCGUGGUCGUUCCGCGGUAGGUGAUGGAAAUAACGAUAAUGCUUACCUCUCUUUCUUUUUCCUUUGUGCUGCGCUGGUACCAUGGUUAUGCAUGGAAAACACUCCGGCGUUGUAACGACUAUUGGGGGAUAUACGACGAUGAUACCUUGAUCGUGUGGCAUUUUCCCUCGGAAUAUAUACACCUCCGCUUCCAAACCCUUCCAAGGUUUUGUAGGUUUGGGUUCACAUUGGCGUUAGACGCCCUUGGGAUAACGGCCCGAUCUUUUGGUAUUGUUUGACCAGGCAAUCUUCGACUAUUACCAGUAACUACCUUUAUACUUUCUUCUCUUCCUUAACCUCUAUCCUCUUCCAAGAUUUUUUAUCGCACCCUCCGACCUCCUUCCCCUUUCUAUCUAUUACACAACUUUCCAUUUUCGAGAAACCACUUUCUGUUGUUCCUACCCUAAAUUUAGACAUCUUCUGCCUUUAUUAGCAUCAAACCUAACCCCCGAUCAUGUUGAGUUUCUGAGCAGUAUUUAUACCUUUCUUUAUAGCUUUAAUUUGGUAUGGCAAAGUAACCCUGUGUUUUUCAAACAGCGAAAGUUUUUCUUUUUUUCGUUUCUUUUUCCCCUUUGUCUGCGCUGCCGGUAUUAUGUUCCCCUUUCUUCAGAUACUCGCUAUUGGGAGGAUAAAUGGAUUUGUGUACGUUAACGCCACUUUUUAGCUUACUUCUGUGGAUAUUUGCCCUUUCCAGAUACAUUGCCACCUUGUCGAUCGCGUUGUUUAGACUUGCAAAGCGUAUUCUACGGGAAAUGAAUCGACCCUACAGGGCACAUCCUUUCAAGUAGUCCAAGGAGAUCGGAGGAUGGAGGAAUAUAAUAUUUAUCAAGCAAAAAAAAAAGAAAAAAAAAAAAAAGUUACUACAAUAAAAUAAAAGACAUAGGCCAACAUCUAUGAUAAAUCUCCCCCGCAUGGUAUGCAAAAACCGCAACCAUUUCCUCCUCCUCCCUUCCCCGACCUCUGUCACUGGUACUAUGCAUUGUACAACAACAGCAAGUCCUCCUCUCCCCAAUCUCACAAAUUCCACGCCCUCCUCCGAGCCGUGAACGCCGCUCUCGCCAACUCCGCAUUCACCACACACGUACACAUCUCCGCAAGCGCCCCAUUCGCACGCCCGUCAUUCAAGUAGGUGAUAGAAUCGACUUUCCCGGCCCCAAUGCCGACCAUGAUCGCAUCGCGGAACGCAUGAUUCCGCCACGAACCCACUCUCGCGCACCUCGUUGCCAUUGACGCGUAUGGGUUGGUGCUAUUGUCGUUGCCGCUGUUGAAGUGCGAGGGGCAAAUGCCAACGGCGUUGGUGCUGUUUGUUGUGAAGCUGGCGAGGCAGUCGAGGGCUGGGAGUAGGCGGCGGCGCAGACCGCAGCCGAUGUGGUUGGGGUCGAUUUGGUAUUCGGGGCAUUGGCGGAGGGAGGCGAGGAGGGUUGCUAUGUUUGUUGGUGGCGGAGGGGGUUGGGUGGAGUUAGUAGUGUUGUGAGUCACAUGGUCUGCGUUUUCGUCCUCAGAAUCACCAGAAUCAUGCAUGUGCGGUGGUAAGGUAGAUUCCAGAUGCAGGGUUUUGGUUCGUGUGGUGAAAAAACGGAUAAUUUCUCCCAGGUGGAAGGAGUCGCAGGCGCGGGAAUUUUCGUACAUUCGACGGCACUGUAGGCGCAUUGAAUGCUGUGGUGGCUGUAGCGGAAAUGCAGAUAUACUGGGGUCCGUUAUUUGAGGAGAAUGUGGAGAAGAUUCUGGGGGUAGGGCGCCGUAUGCGCGGAGAAAAUGGGAUUGCAAAUCUGUGAUUGUAUCUAGGAUGGAUUCGUGACGGAAGCGGAGCUCCUCUAGAAAUCGGUGCCAUUAGGGGCAUAUGUGAGUGAUUUACAUGUUUUGAUGCCAAUAUCCAGUAAGGAAGCAGUGGGCGGGAAUAUUUAUCAAUUGCAAGGGAUUCAGAAGACCACGCAUACCUUCAAUUCCGUGCGGAAGAUGCCACCAUAGCGGCCUAUCGAUACCGACCCAUCCAUCUCCGCCGCCAGAUACCCACUCCCUGGAACCGUCAAUGAUUAGCAUAUGUGUGAAAGCCAAAACUCCGUCAUUGGACCCCAGAAAUAAGGCAAAAUAUAUGGCUUGGCGUGUGCGCUCUUCGUCCUCAACCCGGGAAGACUGGAGACGACGUAGUGUCUUGGAUAUCAGUGUCUGGCCCACAGAUUUGGAUACCCCGUCUAGCGGAAUAUUCAGAGCCCGUUUGAGCGCCUCCUGGCCACCAAACUUGUCAGAAAGAACGAUCAAAUUGGCCACGAAUGAAAUCGAUUUCUUCGCAAGGUGAUUGAGAAUGUCUUGUAUAUUCUGGUCAUCGUGCGACAUUGCACUGCCAAGAUAUAACACUCUCAAAAACGUCUCAAUUAGAUCUGCCUUAUCAAAUACACCAGCAAGCGGCGGUAGCUCGAUGCUGAUUGUAGGCAAUUCUGCGAAUGCAGCUUCAUCAUCAUUCAUGGACACUUCACCAGCUCCGUAUUUCGCAUCUAAUUGAGCCGUCUUUUCAAAAAGCUCUCGCCCUUCCCGAAACUUGUCAGGAUCUAAAAUCACUCUGAAAUACGUGCUUGAUUCUUUCAAAGCCGUGCUUGAAACACCCAUGAGGUACUUCAUAUGCGCCAAUUUCCGUGCACCAGACGACGGCGAAGGCGUGAACUCCAAGACAACAUCAACAUCGGAGCAUAAUAUUUUUGUCUUCGUGACGCCGAAGCGGCCCUCUCCUGUUUGCUGCUGGUUUAAGACCCUUGCCUCUCCUCCGCCCACUAGGCCAUUGGGCCCUGUAGCUCCCGGCAGCGGAGGAAAGCUGUCCUCCAUUGUAGUAAUUGAGUCACCGGUUUCAUAUCACCGGAGUGCAAGAGUCAAAAAAUAAUACAGUAGCUCGUCCACAUUUAAGGUAUGCGUGAACUAGAGUAGAGCUGUUUGACGGCGCGGUACACUGAAGCUCCUGAGGAGAGAAUCGAUUCUUGGAGGAUGGGAUAUGUGGGCAGGGAUUGUGGAAUAGAAAGCGACACGAUGAUAGAUGGGUAACUAUUAAUUUUAGGACCUUGGCAGGAUAGAAGACAAAGACAUCAGUAUAGACGCAGGUCAAUGGACGGAAGACAUCGAACAACUAAGUGAAUAGAUAUUGUGUCUUACUGCAUGAGGAUAGAGAACUCUUCCCCA